AUGGAUCCAGCAAUUCCCAGGGUAAAAAACAAGAAUCCUGCUCCUAUCCAAAUUUCGGCGGAGCAGUUGUUACGAGAAGCCGUCGAAAGACAGGAUGUUGCUUUUGUUCCCCCAAAGGUUAGUAUUGCGGACUUGGAAGAGCUUCACGAAUUUCAAGGCCGAAAACGAAAGGGGUUUGAAGAUGCAAUUCGGCGUAACAGGCUAGCGAUGGGCCAUUGGAUGCGUUAUGGGCAAUGGGAACUCGAACAAAAAGAAUAUGCGCGGGCGCGUUCUGUCUUUGAACGAGCUGUUGAUGUUGACCCCAAGUACAUCCCUCUUUGGCUUAAGUAUAUUGAGUGCGAAAUGAAAACUCGUAAUAUAAACCAUGCCAGAAACUUAUUUGACAGAGCCAUUACAUUUCUUCCCCGAGUUGACAAGUUAUGGUACAAGUAUGUGUAUAUGGAGGAAAUGCUUGAGAACAUCACUGGUUGUCGCCAAAUAUUUGAGCGUUGGCUAAAGUGGCAACCGGACGAGGUUGCUUGGAUGAGUUAUAUUCGAUUGGAGCGAAGAUAUCAUGAGAAUGAACGCGCCCGUGGUAUUUUUGAACGUUUUGUUAUUGUCCACCCCGACGUAGUCAACUGGUUACGCUGGGCUCGGUUCGAAGAAGAAUGUGGUAAUGCUGCGAAUGUCCGGGCUGUUUAUAUGGCGGCCAUGGAUGCUUUAGGACACGAGUUUUUAACGGAGAAGUUUUUCAUUGCGUUUGCCAAAUUUGAAAUCCGGCAGAAAGAGUAUGAGAGGGCUCGUACUAUCUUUAAGUAUGCCAUUGAUUUCAUGCCAAGGUCAAAAUCCGCAGAGUUAUAUAAGGAAUACACUCAUUUUGAAAAACAAUAUGGAGAACAGUCAGGAAUUGAAUCUAUAGUUUUCGAUAAACGACGACUUGCUUACGAAACCGAGCUUAAAGAGAAUCCCUAUGACUAUGAUGUUUGGCUUGAUUUAAUUAGACUAGAAGAGAAGACGGGAAAUUUUGAAAGGAUACGCGAAAUGUAUGAACAGGCGAUCGCAAAAGUCCCUGAAAGUAAAGAAAAAAGGGGAUGGUCUAGAUACAUAUACAUAUGGCUUAACUAUGUUUUGUUUGAAGAAAUAGAUGCUAAUGAAGUGGAGAGGGCUCGAAAUGUAUACCUGCAGUGUUUAAAACUAAUCCCUCAUAAAAAUUUUACGUUUGCAAAACUUUGGAUUAUGUAUGCGAUGUUUGAAUUACGACAACAAAACAUUGAUGCGGCUAGAAAGACGUUAGGACGAGCGCUCGGUAUGUGCCCAAAGCCCAAGCUUUUUAGGAGUUACAUUGAAUAUGAGGACAGUAUUAAGCAAUUUGAUCGGUGUCGUAUUAUUUACGAAAAAUGGAUUCUGUAUGAUCCAGAGGCCUGUGCGCCUUGGCUUGGCUAUGCUAAUUUAGAAAAUAAACUUGGCGAUACUGAUCGUGCUCGUGCUUUGUUUGAAUUAGCUGUAGCUCAACCUGUUUUGGAGACACCCGAGUUGGUUUGGAAGGCGUACAUCGAUUUUGAAUUUGAAGAAAUGGAAUAUGAAAAAGCAAGGUCUCUAUACGAGCGCUUGUUAGAAAAUGCUCCUCACGUGAAGGUUUGGAUUAGUUUUGCCAACUUUGAAAUCGCACAUUUGGAGGAUGAUGACGAAGAUCCGCCGAAUGAUGAUACGGCUUCACCUACCGCGGUUGUUCGUGCCCGUAAGGUGUUUGAAGCUGCAAUGACAAGUCUUCGUCAACAAGGGUUGAAAGAAGAACGCAUCGUUUUAUUGGAGGCUUGGAAGCAAUUUGAAAGCCUGCAUGGAACCGAAGAAACCCGCAAAGAUGUCGAGAGACAAACCCCACAGAUGGUUACGAAGCGUCGCAGAUUGGAAAAUGGACUCUUUGAAGAAUACUUGGAUUACUUGUUCCCAGAUACAUCUGUGGACCAAGGCGACAAGAUGCGCAUGUUGUUGGAAAAGUCAAGACAAUGGAAGGAAGAAAUGGCGAAAAAACAAGAAACUGUCAACUAA